CCAACACAUAACCAGUCUAUUCUUUCGAUCAAAUGCAGCGUUCUUACAAGUGCCCUUGCUCAGUACGGGCUCUAGAGGCAUUUGUCAGGGAUGUCGCUGGCCUCGACAUCCGCCAAAGACCCAAUUACAUCAGCUUCAGAAAUCUAAGCAACCGAUCAGCCUUGCAAAUACGCCACAACUCGUCGCAGCCCCUUGCCUCUCAAUCAUAUACCACUAUCCGCUCACUCGAUGACACUUUUGUGCCUUUCGAUAACAUCACCGACCCCAAACUCUCGACGACGACAACACAAGAUGCCACGUCCGACAUAUCGCAGUUACCACAGUCGAGCCAUGACUUGAACUCGCCCGAGCCGUUCGACCCCGAUGAAGAGAUUGGAAGCACUGUGGACUUUGAGCCCGAGGUAGUCAUACACGAAGAGCAUGCGCAGACCGAACCCGACCCAAUAGUACGCCAUGCGCGCAUACAACAAUUGGACUUGAAGGACCGAGACCAAGCAGUCGAUGCCAUCUUCUUCCCCGAUUUGCUGGCACAACCUCAACUCAAGCCUGGUGAACUGAUGUCCCUGGGCCAAAGAUUGAACAUCUUCUCUGAGCCGACACCGAAACAGAACUACCCCGGCAAAAACGCUCGGAAAAAGGCGAGAAGAGCGGCACACGCUCCAGAGGCUCAAUCUCUCCCACCACAAAACGACGCAUCGUCAGUGACUCUGGAUCUAGUCUCUGGAACAGGGCCAGCAACAGCUACCAAGUCGCCUUCCAAGAACAAAGUAAGAGCAGAGAAGAAGGCAAGGGGUGCGCCACUAGCUCCGGAGGACCAGGCCAUUCUUUUAGAACAAAAUACACCUAGCUCCGAGCCCGCUGAAGACGUCUCUGCGGAUGCAUCAACAACCACGCCAAAACCCAUAUCGCAAGCCAGAAAGGACAGAAAGGCAAGAAGAGCAGCAGCGCAAGCUUUGGAAUCACAAACAAAUCCGACCCAAGACGAGGAGGCCGUAGACAUGGCCUCGCUGAUCGCCUCUGCCACCUCCCCCAAGCUGCCCUCCGCAGCAAAAGCCUCCAAAAUCGCCCAAGCAAUCAAGACCAGAAAAGAGGAAGAAAAGGCCGCAAAACACGCCGCCGCCGAAAAGCUCAUCGCAGAUCAAGCAGCAGCGAAGCUAGCCAAAAAGGAACGCAACCGCAACCUCGACACCUGGACCGUACAAAAGAACGCGCUGCAAGAGAAAUUCGGAGAGCAGAAUUGGAACCCCCGUAAACGCAUUUCGCCAGAUGCUUUGGCCGGUAUCAGAGCUCUACAUGCCAAAGCACCAGAAACAUAUAGUACGGCCGUGUUGGCUGAGCAUUUCAAAGUCCCACCAGAGGCUAUCCGGCGUAUUCUGAAGAGCAAAUGGCAGCCCAAUGAAGAAGAAGCUGAAGACAGAAGAGAAAGAUGGGAGAAGAGAGGCGAGAAGAAGUGGACAGAGAUGGCCGAGCUGGGUAUCAAGCCGCCCAAGAAGUGGAGAGAAAGGGGUGUGGGCAAGGUUGGUCCUGGAGAGGUGCCUCCAUGGAGACAACCUGGCAAAGCUGGUGAACGAUGGAUUGAGAGUACGGAUGCGGAUGGAUUUGUUGUGGCUGGUGAUCAACACGCCGAUGAACUGGCAGAGGGGCGGCGUGAAGAUGAGGAUGAUGGUAUUGCAUCCAGAAUCCUGUAAGAGCAAUGCCUUGUCCGUUGUAUUUACGUGGCCAUGCUAUCAAACUCUUCUCAUUCAGACAAUAUAUGCAACUCAGCCCGAUUUCUAUGCUUGUCCUGAGCUCGGAAUCCAUAUUGUGCAUUCAGCUCGUCAUGUAUCCAAUUGCACAGGGGACGUACGGGAGUGCUGGAAUUGAUUCUUUUGGGCUUUCGCGAC